AUGUCGGCGGAUGAUCUUGUUUUCGAGGUCAUAAUCAAAAGUAUCACAUGUAGGAAUAUGAAAAGCCAGUCGUAUCCGCUUGUAAUGGAAAUAAGUGGGUGCACUGAGCUUACGAUGUAUCCUAAAUUAACAACAAUUUGUAAAUUAACUUAUAAUAAAGGCAAAAGAAUCAUUUUCAGUCAAUCAAGCUUUUCAAACAUCAAAACUACAUUUACAGUUCAAAGUGGUUGCGGUGAUACAACACCAAAAGCCGCUUGUACUUUCGAUUUUUAUGAAAUAUAUCAAGCAAAUGAAGAUUUAACUGCAACAAUUUUCGAUGUUGAAGCAGGGCUUGACGAUGUUAAUGGUCAAAGAUUUGGAACUUUGGAAUUAUCUUUCCAACUUUUCCCAUAUUGUGACUUACAGCAGAUUCAGCAAUCUAAAACUAUCGUAAAAACAGCAUCAAGAUCAGGAUCAGCUUCAAGGACACUUUCUCGAACUGAAUCUCUUCGACAAUCAUAUACUCGCCCAGAAACAGCAUAUACAUCUCGUCCUGAUACAGCAAGAUUAUAUUCUACUCGUCCAUCAACAGCGCGUACAUCAACAAGAUCGAUAUCUACAUUUGCCCAAAGACAGCCAGAUCCUGGAGCUCCAACUGUCCCUCGUCUUAAUAUUCCUAAUCCACCCACAUCAUCACGGUCUCGUAGUGAGUCAAUAUACGAUCGCUACAUGAAGCAAAACGCAAUGUGGCUUGGACCUCAUUGUUCUCUACAUGCUGAUGAUCCUUCAUCAUCGAAAUCCUCUGCUAGAUCAAAAACUAGUAUGUCUUAUGUUAAAUAG